AUGAUGCAACUGCCUCCAUUGAGCACUCGUGCUUGCACAGUACGUCUGCGCAUGCGUGAUGCCGUGCAUGAGUUAUUCCAACCGACUGCUCUCUCGGGGGCGAGAGCACAGGUCACCUGCUGCGCCGUUUCCCUCCGCUUUGCUCUUCCAUUUUCAUCCGUCGUGGCAACAGCUCGUCCCGAUUUCGUCGCGCCCCCCGCGCAGGUCCAGCAGCCACAGCGUGGCCCCAACCGGCCCCCGACUCGACGUGGGUGCGGUAAGGAAGACUGCUCGCUCGCACGCCGCCCAGGAACCUCUCUUCCGGCUUCGUCGGUGACGCUCACCGAACACAACGAUGACGGAGGAAUCAAGGCAGCGUCCAACCCGGCGCCUCCUGAUCCCGCCAUCGACCGCCCCAUGCCACAUCCACCCACGACCGUUCCGCCUCCCCUCUGCGGCACGUCCAACCGAGUACGCAUGUGA